UCUGCUGCUCGCUGUCUUGCGCGCAUGUCUCGUACGCGCAUUUCCGCUCGGUUAUUCGCCAUUUUCUUCCUGCCUUUCAGUUCAAGGGUAUUAGCACUCGCAGUUAGUGGAACCAAGACAUCGCCAUGUAUCGCUUCGCCAAGGCUGCUCUCAACCUCUCCGGUCAAACUGCCCGUCAGGUGGCUGUUCGUAACCACUCUACUCUAUCAAAAGAAUUUCAUGGAAAAUAUGGAGCCCCUCUGCUGAUUGCAGGAGUCACUUUUUGCACAGCUGUUUGGGCAUAUGUGAUCACAUCAACAGGCAUCACAUGGAACCUGUCACCUGUAGGCAAGGUGCAGCCCAAGGAAUGGAAGGAGUAAUGAACACAAAGAGUCCUGGUGAAUUCUGAACUUUUCCAUUUUGAAAAAGGAGCUCCUUUUCACCUGAUUCAAUCCAGUGUUUUGGCAUGUCUGUAAUAAAUUAAUUAAAAUCUUAA